AUGACUGCGGCUACCCUGAAGAACAUUGCCGUUAUUGGAACCUUCCCCCCGGGAGUAAAGACUGUCGCAGCCGACUAUGAAUCAUUGGACGACUUGACCGUUGCUUUCCGUGGGUUUGACGCCGUCGUCUGCGUCGUUCCAGGCCACCUCGAAGCCCUCCUCUUGCGCAUCUUUGAGGCUGCCAUCGCCGCCGAGGUAAAGCGCUUCAUUCCCUCGGAGUUCGGCUCCGACCAUCGGAAUCCGAGUGCACGAUCUGUACCCCUCUCAGCUUCUAAGAUUCGAGUCGAUGAGGCGCUCCAGAAAGCGGCUGAGGCAGGGCAAAUUGAGUAUACCAGCAUCCUCGGCGGGCCCUGGAUCGAAUGGAUCAUGACUUGCGACACCGGCAUGUGCCUCCCCAAACGCAAAUUCUACAUCCACGAGGACGGCAACGUCCGGUUUGGACUGAGCACGCGCAAGGCGUUUGGCGACGCGGUUGUGGGUGUGCUCAAACGACCCGAUGCGACCAGGAACCAGAUCUUGACGAUCGAGGUGAUCAACCUGACGCAGAACCGGAUCACCGAGCUAGUCAAGGAAGCUCUGCCCGAUAUAGACAUUGAAGUCAUCAAAGUCAGCACGGAGGAGCGCUACGAGCGGGGCGUGCAGAAGCUCCUCUCUGGGGUUUUUGACGCGUCCGUCAUCGAAGAUAUCGUCUUGCGAUUCGUCUAUGACCCAGAGCUCCAGCUCACUUUCGACACAGAUGCCACCAACGAACUGCUCGGGGUCCAGCGGAUGACCGAGGCGGAAUUCAAGGAGCUUGUCAAGACCUUGGCAUAA